UUUUGCUUAAUUGUUGAAUAGUAUAUGAAUAAAAAAUGAUAAAUAAAUUGUCUUAAAAAAAGAUUGCCUACUGGACUGUUGUCUUUUCCCUCCAAGGAGGACCACAAGUUUGCUGAUCUUCUUGCGAAAGCUGGUAUUGGGAGAUCCACCGAGCUCAUUCAGAGAGCAAUCAUUGAGCCAAGAACAGUUAUAGAGUGUUAGUUUGCAACUGCAUGCUCUCCCCACCGAUUAACUGAAGCACAAGACUCGUUUUGUUUAUCCCUGUAAGAUGGAGGCCCAUAAUAUUUGUUCGAGCGCCAUUGUUGCUCAAGUUCUUAACGGAGCAUCUAAUUAUGAAAACUGGAAAGCUUGCGUACAAAACUAUUUGUUGAUUAGAGAUCUGUGGGACGUUGUGGAACAAACCUCAGAACCUCCUCAACAGGAAGAAGGUGAUGGGGCUGAUUUCAAAGCUUGGAGAAAGAGGAAUCUGAGUGCUUUGCAUGCUAUUCAAAUUUCAUGUGAUCCGAUCAUGCUUUCUCAUAUUAGAAACAUGACUACGGCUAAAGAUGCUUGGAACACUUUAGCCCAAGUGUGCCAAUUGCCUAUGCCUCACCAAGCACCCCAGGUACCCCAAGAUGCACAACAGAUAACCGAAGAUGCACCGCAGAUACCAGUGGCUAGACGUAUUAGCCGCACUCGUAUUUUGGAGCUCCUCAAGGCUAUUAAGGAAAGAGGUUUGGAACCAGCUAAGAGUCUUUUGACGUCCCAAGCGCAUUUAGCCACUGCUGCCAUUUGCAACUCCUCUUUCACGACCUUUCAUUUCACAAUCUUCAAAGGUCAGUUGGAUAUGAUUGACGAAUUUCUAAGCACAAUGUCAGAGGAAGACCUCAAAUUGCAAGAUGGUACUGGUCGCACAAUUCUUCACCGUGCCUCCAUUUACACUAAAAACUCCAAAAUAGCCCAAAGCUUGAUCAGAAAGAAUGGGGAAUUACUUACUGUUCAAGAUUACAAAGGAGAAAUUCCACUUAAUUAUGCAUGUUGGAUAGGCCAUAAAGAUAUGACUCACUAUCUAUGCAACAUGACUACACGAGAAUUUCUACUCUCACCAGAAAACGAACGUCAGGCAGCGUUGUUCGUCAAAGACUGUAUUAAUAACAAAUGGUUUGAUGUUGCUUUGGAUCUACUCCGUCAUCGUCCACAGUUAGCAUUUGCUCAAGAGAGAAAUGGAGUGAAUGCUGCUUUAGCAUUAUCGUGUCAACCUUCUGGAUUCCUUAGCAGCAGUGGGUUCUCAUUUUGGCAACGCUGGACCUAUUCUUGUUUAAAGGUAAAACAACCCAAAGCUUGGUUUAGUGAACACGAUGUUCGGAUAAAUACUUAUGAACUACAAGAUCAAAAGGAAAUGAAAAACUUCACAACGCAAGUUGCAGGGCAAUUACUUGGGUUGGGGUCAAAUCUCUUAAAAUUCUUUGGAAUCAAGCAAAUAUAUGAUUUAAAGCUGGCCCAUGUCUAUGCCCAUGAGCUUCUGCUUUUGAUGUCUAAGACAAUAGCUACGUUUGAGAUGGAACAAUGUUAUCAAGGAUUAGUGAUUCCAGCAAUUAUCAACGCUGCUCAACGGGGGAUGAUGGAGUUUAUUGUUGAAAUCAUCAAACAUAAUCUAGAUUUAUUGAUUAUUAGUGACGUGGACGAUAGAAGCAUAUUCCACAUUGCAAUUGCACAUAGACAAGAAAAAGUUUUUAGCCUCAUAUAUGGGCUUGAUACUAUAAAGUAUAUUUUUCUUUCUUUCACUGAUGUGAACAACAAUAAUAUGUUACAUUUGGUAGGGAAACUAUCACCCCAAUCUCAGCUUAAGCUUCAACAAAUCUCAGGAGCAGCUCUGCAAAUGCAAAGAGAACUACAAUGGUUCAAGGUCAGCAUCUCUCUCUUUUUUAUCAAAGGAAAAUUACAUCAGGGAUGUUCCAAACGCAGAAGUGCCCCAAGGUGUUCCAAGCGUGGAAGCACCCAAGGGUGUUCCAAGCGUGGAAGCGCGGAAGCACCCAAGGGUAUUCCAAGCGUGGAAGUGCCUAAGGGUGUUCCAAGCGUGGAAGUGCCUAAGGGUGUUCCAAGCGUGGAAGCGCCUAAGGGUGUUCUAAGCAUGGAAACGCACAAGGGUGUUCCAAGCGCGGAAGCGCCCAAGGGUGUUCCAAGCAUGAAAACUCCAAGGGGUGUUCCAGGUGCAAAAGUACUCUAA